CUGCAAUGCCAGAAUGACCUUUAUUGGAGCAUUUUGCAGCCACCAGUCGCUGCGGAAACGACUCUAGCUGAUCGGUUCACUCAUGUCCUCCUGGCGAAGCACGCCAGGGGGCUUUUAGGGGGCUUUUAGUGUUCGUAAUACCCCGUGGUGCUCGGGCAGCUGGUGAGAAUAAUCAUGGGGGCAAACGGGAGCUCGGCGAGGAACGUGUCUUUCGGUUUGGAUGACGACAAGAAGGUCACGGUUAUUGAAGGAGUCCGGCUUUCAGGAGAUGUCUGCCGCAGGAUGAGGGAAGCCCAGGCGUCUGGGAAGCCCAAGCCGCCAUCAGUUCCACCCGAAGGUCAAAAACCAGGAGCUCAUCCAGAAGGAGUUUCCACCAAGGAGGCCCAGGAGGAGAUGCGCAAAAACUUUGAGCAUCAGCAGGCUUUGGUGCAGGAGCAGCUGGCCAAACUGGCCCAGAAGGAGAAGGAGGUUUCCGCCGCCACUGGCCUGAAGGACUCCAGCGCCGCUGCCAUCAUGGAGAGAGGGAGGGCUCAUCACGAGCAAGAAAAAGCCAAGGUGCUGCCAGCAGAUUUGGAUGCAUGGGCCAAACAGUUGGAGAGGAAGGAGGCGGAGCUCGCCACGUUGUCCGCCUUUUAUAAGGAGCAAUUAGAAAUACUAGAAAAAAAGAACUUGGAUGAGUACAAGCAGGCGGCUGAAGAGUACAACCAGGCAGCGAGCAGAGCUGAAGCCCACUUACGACCCCGGAGGACCGAAGCUUUCUGCACUGACCUGCAGGCCAAGGUGCUCCAGUGCUACAGAGAAAACCCCCAGCAGACCCUGCUGUGCUCCAGCCUGGCCAAACAAUACAUGAGCUGCGUUCACCAAGCAAAGAGCUCCUUGACGAAUCACGGCUGAAGAACGUUGCGUUGAAGGAGUGAAGAAGACCAGAAAGGAGAGCUUUGCUCCUUUUUUGUUGCUCUCUUUUGCCUCUGCAUCCGUCCAUCCAUUUAUCAGCCCCCGUCUCUGACUGACCCCCCCUCGACCUGACUCCUCCCUGUAAAGUGCACGAUGUGUUGAUUUAUUGUCAAGUUGAGGCAGCGCUCCCCUGCUGCCUUUGAAAAUAAAUUCCAAUGAUUCAGUGA